GUUCAUUACUCGCGCUGUUCUGCUAUUUGUUUACCUCGAUAUGGAUAAAAUAUAUAAAAAGUAUAAAAAAAGUGGAGCGUAUCACCGAAAAUUGAUAAAAACACGUAAGCAAUAUGAAAACACUCUAAGGCAUUUAUAUUCCCAAACUUACUCGGGAAACAGCAAUUAUGGCUCAGAUUCCGAUUCAGUACCAGAAAAUUCUUCCAUUCGGCAAAAUGUUGAAACACGUAUGUAUAAUUCAUUGAACACAAGCAUACAUUGACGAAACUUGAAUACAUGUUUCAAAUUAUAAAUUUAUAUAUCUAUUCUAGACAAGAAUACACCAGCAAGUAUUAAUGAUAUUUGCAUUAACCUCGUCUCUGAAGUAUCUAAUGAUGACAACAAACAUAAACAACGAACAACGAACGAAACAUUUUGUGAACCACCAAACGAAUCGUCUAAAGAUUUAAGUGACUUUCAUAAUCCUCAGCACAGCAGUAAUUCAGAUGAAGCCCUACGAAUGUGGGCGCUUCGUCAUAAUAUAACUCAUCAUGCUUUAAAAGAUUUACUUAUAUUGAUCAAACAACAAUACCAUGACGACAACCUGCCUUUGGAUCCAAGAACCCUUCUUGAAACUUCACAAAGUACCGGUAAACUGUGCAUACCGAUAGGGGGUGGUAAAUAUUGGCAUCACGGAUUUAAAGCAUGUUUGGAGAAAUGGUUCAAAAAUUUAUCUACUGAUAUUAUGAUUAGUAUCAAUAUUAACAUUGAUGGUUUACCCGUACAUAAAAGCUCUAAGUUUCAACUUUGGCCAAUUUUAUGCAACGUUCAUGAAUUUCCUUACUUGCAAGCAUUGCCAAUAGGAAUAUUCUAUGGGAAGAGCAAACCUACAGACGUCAACGAGUUCCUAACACCUUUCGUAGAUGAAAUCAUUCCUUGUCUAGAAAAUGGCAUUGUCGUUAAUGAUCACACUAUCAGCAUAAAAUUGAGAUGCUUCAUCUGCGAUUCUCCAGCGCGAGCUUUCGUCAAAGGAGUCGUGAACUUCAACGGAAAAGAUGGAUGCCUGAAGUGUACAAUAAAUGGAGAGUAUUCUUAUUUGUCUCGCACGGUAGUGUUUCCUUCUCUCCAUUGUCCAUUGCGCACUGAUGCGAUAUUCCGUAGGAAAGGUUAUGGGAAGCAUCACACCACUCAGGAAUCACCUUUACAAAGAAUUCCAGGCCUCGAUAUGAUCAAGGAUUUCGUGGUUGCCGAUCCAUUGCAUCUAUUAGAGUUAGGAGUCAUGAAACGCUUAUUAACAGGAUGGCAAGUGGGUAAUCUAGGUUAUACAGGAAAAUUCAGUAGUCAUCAUAUACAACGGUUGUCAGCUGCAAUAGAAAGCAUAAAAUUACCGAAAGAAAUCCAUCGCAAAAUGCGAGGUUGUAAACAGGAUGCUCGAGAGGAACGCGAUACACGAGAGAGGAGACAAAAUGUCCGAAAACAUUACUCCGAAAAUAAUCAGACGAGGAUCUUAUGUUCGCUGUGAAAUUAAAAACGAAUUUAUGAUUAGCAAUUCAUUUAAAGAUGCUUGGUUCUUAACGAAAAAUUUAGAGAUUGUAAAAAUGAUAGAUGCUACGACUGAUUGUAACGGUGGUAUUACUUUGCAUGGCUGUCCCGUACAGAACUACUCCAACUUUUUCGAGCUCCCCAUUCGUUCAUCAUAUUUGUAUAUUUUUCUAGUAAAAUUAUUUUUGAAAUCAGGUAAAACAUAUAACAUAAACGAUAUUACUUGCAAAUUCGUAGCGGUUCCUUACACACAAAACACCAUUGUAUUACUUCCACUUCUCCAUACAAUUUGUGCAGGAUAAUAUCAUGAAAUAUAUCAAAAAUCACAAUCUUAUUACAUUCAUAUACUUUUUCGUGAGACAGUCUGCAAACAUUUUUAUUACAUAAAACAAGGAAAAACAGUUAUAUAUAUGUACGAUAAAUAAAAAAAGCGCUUCAAAUAAUAUGUAAAUUAUGGAAAGAAAUAAAAUACCU